AGUCGAUACACAAGUCCCAUCUACUUAAUAUUUACUGUCAUCUUCCCAGUCGCCUGAUAGUGAAGGCGUUUUACUCUCACUCUCACCUUCAAAACACUCAACAUAUUAUACACAUUCGAGACAUGUCCGGCUCACAUCUACACAACGCUCUCCUCCGUCCUCCAAUCAUUCAGAUCCUGCGCGCUGCAGGCUUUCACUCGACGCGUCCUUCCGUUCUAGACACUCUCGCCGACCUCACUGCUCGAUACAUCAUGCUCCUUGCCUCCUCCACGAGCGCACACGCGGCCAACGCCCACCCCGAGGACCCUGUUCCGGUUCUUGAAGACAUUUACCAAGCCUUACAAGACGCAGGCGCGUUGCGGCCGCAGCUGCGGGAGUGGGAAGAGGAAUGGCAAGGGGAGGAGGACAUGCGAGGGCUGGACGGUUUUCUAUCGUGGUUCACCGGCCCAGCCAACCGCGAAAUCAGACGGAUUGCCGGUUUCGUUCCCAGCGAAGGUGACAUGGUGGAUGCGGACUCCCUCGAGAAGGAAGACUUCUUGACAGCCCUAAAAAAGAAGCACAGCAAGACGGGAGAGGAGUCGCGUUACGCAGGAACCGUUCUUGGAAAAAGCGGCGAGGAGCAUCCGAUCGUGAUCGAGGGUGGUGCGCCGACCCUGCAGGAUUGGGGUUCUCAGAUGCGCUCCCGGGCGCCCUACUUGGGCGAUAGUGACUCGUCGGUGAGCAGCGCACCGAGUAACUUGUCUGAUGGAGAGGGUAUGGAUGUGUGAUGGGCCGCGCGGGAGUGGAACUCCUUCCUAACCUACGACACACUUCUGGGGGCUCAUCGACCAUUGUGGUGCUGCAAGCCCGGUCAACCCAAGCGCGGACUCUCUACACGUGUGGUAUUAAAUCAACCAUUUGAACCAAUUCGACGCAGCUGGCUGGCCCAGCUUGACGGCAUCACCGGGAGCAAUCGCCCACUACAUUCGCCAUUCGGCUGGCGCACACGCUCUCGACCCCAUUCCUAACCACAGGGGCUGCAACGUCCAGAAGGGCAGCACCAGAGUUCCAGCCGAGUCCAGCGCAGAGUUGGAGCAACAGGACGAUGCCACGACGAGAAUGCAUGCGAGGAACGGCAGCGCCAUGGAGGGUCUCAUGUAUCUACCAUACCAGGGGCGCAAUCAAGACAAAGUCUCCGUAAUUGAGA